ACGGGUCCUGAACAUGAGGCGGCUGAAGGAGACUGCGCUCUGCGCGAUAGUGCCGCUGCUUCUCUCUCUGUGCACAACGACGCAUGCAGCUAAUCUGAUCAAUGUAUUACGGGUACUGGAGCUGUCUGAAGACAUGGAGGGAGUGUCAGUGGAGGCCGGCCUGUGCAUCGAAAGAAAGGACACAUCAGAAACAGACAUGGCUUACAGGAUAGACAAAAAGAUUCAACUCAGUGCCCCAACUAAACAAUUCUUUCCAGAUUCUGCUUUCCCUGAGAACUUCUCUCUGAUGACCACUGUCAAGGCUAAGAAAAACUCUCAAUUCUUCCUGGUGUCUUUGUAUGAUGAGCAGGGAGUCCAACAGCUGGGGCUGGAGAUGGGCCGAUCGCCUGUAUUCCUCUAUGAAGACCACCAAGGCCAGCCAGCUCCAGAUCUCUACCCCAUUUUUAAGAAAAUCAAUCUGGCUGAUGGGAAAUGGCAUCGGAUAGCCUACAGCGUGGAGGGCAAGUCUGUUACACUGUACCUGGACUGUAAGAAGGUGCAGACGCUGGAAUUGAUGCGUGGAGACAGCCCUGUGGUCAGCACGGAUGGAGUCGUUGUUUUUGGGACGCGGUUGCUAGAUGAGGAAGUAUUUGAGGGUGAGAUCCAGCAGCUCUUGCUCGUGGAUGAUCCUCAGGCUGCGGCUGACUACUGCCAAGAUUACAUUCCCGAUUGUGACAGCCCGUUGCCCUACAGUACCCAGAGUCUGGCUCCUGAAGAGGCCAAACUCAUCCAUAACCUUGAUGACAUCAUGCAGGGAGACGAACCUGUGGAACCAAAGAAACGCUCAAAAAAAGACACCAAAGGCAAAAAGAAGAAGAAAAAGAGAGAUAAGAAAGGCAAAAAAGAAUCCCGUAAGAAGAAAAAGGAAGCUGAAGCUCUUGAAGAAGGUUUCCUUGAGGUGUCCUCUAAGCUGCCGGAGUAUUUGGCUCAAGAACCUCAUCGAAGAACUUUACCAGCUGCAACAGAGCAGCCAAAUCCACCUGUGACGGAGCAGCCCAAGUCAAUAGUACAAUCAUCUCCAACAACAACGGUCGAUCUGAUGGACUCCAUACCCGACAUGCCCACUCAUGAACCUGACACCUAUCAGGGCGAACUCACCAUAGCCACUACAAAGCCUGUGACAGAUCAUGAGGACCAGUCUGUGUUGGCAACUGCAGUUUCUGAGUCCCCAAAUAUGGAGGUGGAGGAAGAGAGGCCGAUUAAAACACCAGAGGUUGAGGAGUUUAGUGAUGACCUUUACAGUGAUGAACACAAUGAGCUCUUGGUCUCCACAGUGACAGUUGGGCCCAAUAUCACAGACUAUGAGAUCUUGGAGAAUGAUGAGUUUCAAAAUGGCUCGAACAGCUUUGAACAGGAAUAUGAGGAAUAUGAGGUUUAUGAGGACCGAUUUGACCCAGCGGAGAGGGAGAUGCCGGGCACAUGGGAUGGAAAGGGCAGGCGAUUUGACAAAGGACAGAAGGGAGAGCCAGCUGUUGUUGAACCAGGCACAUAUUUUCAAGGACCUCCUGGCCCACCAGGACCACAAGGUCUUCCAGGAAUCCUUGGCAUCACAGGCCCCCCGGGACCCAGUGGAGACCCAGGUGAUAUGGGUCCUGAGGGACGUCCAGGGCUGCCUGGCGCUGAUGGGAUACCAGGUCCUCCAGGCACUUUGCUUAUGUUACCCUUCCAGUAUGGAGUAGACUCUCAGAAGGGACCUGUGAUAUCUGCUCAAGAGGCGCAGGCUCAAGCCAUCUUACAACAGACCAAACUAUCAUUGAAGGGCCCUCCAGGUCCAUUAGGUCUCACAGGGAGGCCAGGCCCAGUGGGUGACAGGGGCUUUGAUGGACUACCUGGUCUUCCAGGGAACAAAGGACAUCGAGGAGACAGGGGAAAACCAGGACCCCAAGGUCCACCUGGAGAGCCCGGUCAUAAGGGUUCGGAUGGACCUGUUGGACCAAGAGGGCAACCGGGAGAACCUGGGCUAAGAGGACUUGUGGGGUCAAGAGGGCCACCUGGUCCACCUGGGCAGCAAGGAAUUCAAGGCGUCAAUGGUGUUCAAGGGGCAAAGGGCAACUUGGGACCACCUGGUGAACCUGGACCUCCAGGUCAACAGGGGAACCCAGGCAUACAGGGCUUCCCUGGUCCACAGGGACCUAUAGGCCUGCCAGGAGAGAAGGGCCCUGAGGGCAAACCUGGAAUGCAGGGCCUUCCUGGGAUUGAUGGUCCUCCUGGUCAUCCUGGAAGAGAGGGACCCGCUGGGGAGAAGGGACACCAGGGUUUAUCAGGAGCACAAGGGCCGGUUGGAUAUCCCGGGCCCCGUGGAGUCAAGGGUGCAGAUGGGGUGAGGGGACUGAAGGGUAGCAAGGGGGAGAAGGGUGAAGAUGGUUUCCCAGGGGCCAAGGGUGACAUGGGUAUCAAGGGAGACAGAGGUGAUACUGGGGCUCCUGGAAAUCAUGGUGAAGAUGGACCAGAGGGGCUGAAGGGUCAGUCAGGACCCAUGGGAGAGCCCGGAUCUGCAGGCAUUGCUGGAGAAAAGGGCAAACUUGGAGUUCCAGGAUUGCCUGGAUAUCCCGGCAGGCAAGGCUCUAAGGGAUCGGUGGGCUUUCCUGGAACAGCUGGGGUGGAAGGAGAGAAAGGAAAGAGGGGUCCGGCUGGACAGACUGGUCCCGAUGGUGAAAGAGGUCCAAAUGGUGCACGUGGGGGAAGAGGAGCAAGAGGACCGACAGGAAAGCCUGGAGCCAAGGGCUCUGCUGGUCAUGACGGUCCACAAGGUGCCGCAGGAGAGAGAGGCCCUCAAGGUCCACAAGGACGCGAUGGAGAGGCCGGGCCAAAGGGACCAAACGGCCCUCCAGGAAAGGACGGGUUGCCAGGUCACCCAGGCCAACGGGGAGAGCCAGGUUUUCAAGGAAAGACUGGUCCCCCCGGGCCUGCUGGAGUGAUUGGCCCACAGGGAAAAACUGGGGAGACUGGUCCCACUGGAGACAGGGGACAUCCGGGUGCCCCAGGACCCCCUGGAGAGCAAGGUCUGCCAGGAGUCACAGGCAAAGAGGGAGCCAAGGGAGAUCCAGGCCCCGCAGGGCUGCCCGGGAAGAGUGGUCCUGCUGGGCGUCAUGGAUUCAGAGGAGAAAGAGGCUUACCUGGCACUCUGGGUACUGCUGGUCUGAAGGGUGGGGAAGGCCCCCCUGGUGUUGCAGGACCAAUUGGUGCCACAGGAGAAAGAGGACCUGCUGGACCUGCAGGUGCCAUUGGUCAGCCUGGUCGUACGGGAGGUGUUGGCCCCCCUGGGCCAAUGGGAGAGAAGGGCGACCCGGGUGAGAAAGGUUCAUUUGGUCCUGCUGGGCGAGAUGGAGAACAAGGGCCUGUGGGAUUACCUGGUCCUGCAGGGUCACCUGGUCCACCUGGAGAGGACGGAGAUAAGGGGGAGACAGGAGGACCAGGGCAGAAAGGCAGCAAAGGAGACAAGGGAGAGGGGGGUCCCCCAGGGCCACCUGGGAGCCAAGGACCUCCUGGACAGCCAGGAGCACCAGGUCUGGAUGGAGAGCCAGGGCCCCGGGGACAGCAAGGAAUGUACGGCCCUAAAGGAGAUGAAGGUCCUCGCGGUUUUAAAGGGGCAAAUGGACCACCAGGGUUGCAGGGAAUGCCAGGACCCCCAGGAGAGAAGGGAGAGAGUGGCCAUGUUGGAGCUAUGGGCCCUCCAGGACAACAUGGCCCACGUGGCCCCCAGGGACCCAUUGGGGGAGAGGGUCCUCAGGGCAUGCCGGGCGGAGUGGGCCAGCCAGGAAUGGUGGGAGAAAAGGGUGAGGAUGGAGAAGCAGGGAAUCCAGGAAAUGUGGGCGAAACUGGCCCCCCUGGAGAGAAAGGUGAAGUGGGUGAGAAGGGUGAUACUGGCCCCCCUGGAGCUGCAGGACCCCCAGGAAUCAGAGGCACACCUGGAUCAGAUGGACCCAAAGGAAACCCAGGUCCCCUUGGAUUUCCUGGAGAUGCGGGACCCCCUGGAGAGCCAGGUGCUAAUGGUAUUGAUGGUGGUCCAGGAGCUAAAGGGGAUAAUGGCGAACCUGGUAAAGCUGGACCCCCAGGAGCCUCAGGAGAGCCUGGCCCUCAAGGGCCACCUGGACGGAGGGGUCAUGUAGGUCCUGAGGGAAAAGAAGGGAAACAGGGAAAAAAGGGGGCAAAGGGUUCUGCUGGUGCCGAGGGUCCAAUGGGAAAAACAGGGCCUGUCGGACCACAGGGACACCCUGGAAACCCUGGUCCAGAGGGUUUGCGUGGGAUUCCAGGCUCUGCUGGAGAGCAAGGGUUAAAUGGGCCCCCAGGGCAAACGGGACCCCCAGGACCUAUGGGUCCAGCUGGAUUACCAGGACUGAAAGGAGAUCCUGGCAUUAAAGGAGAUAAGGGUCAUGUUGGGCUGAUUGGACUUAUUGGACCACCAGGAGAAAUGGGAGAGAAAGGAGAUCGAGGCCUGCCAGGAAAUCAGGGAGUACAAGGCCCCAAAGGAAAUGGUGGUGUUUCUGGUCCCUCUGGCCCGACUGGUCCACCUGGACCCCCCGGGUUGUCUGGUGCAAUAGGUGAGAAAGGAUCUAAAGGAGACCAGGGAGCCUUCGGUGCAAGAGGAGAUCCAGGACCUGCUGGCCCACCUGGACUACCUGGCCCACCAGCCACCAUGAUCGAGCCUCUGCCAAUCAGAGAGGGACGUAAAAAGCGAAGGAGACAUCCAAACCGACAAGGAGCCAGAGUCAGGGAAGAGAGUGAGGACGAGGAAGCAGUCCAGCUCAACAUGGAGGAUUUCCUACAGGCAGACGAGUCCCUGGAUGACCCAGAAGGCAUGGAGGAGGUGUUCGCUUCACUCAACUCAAUGAAAACAGAGGUGGAGCUCAUGAGAAAACCACUCGGGACCUUCGAGAGUCCUGCCCGCACAUGCAAGGAGCUGAUGUUGUGCCAUCCAGAAUACAAAGAUGGUGAAUAUUGGAUUGACCCAAACCAAGGCUGCCAUCGAGACUCCAUUAAGGUUUUCUGCAACUUCACUGCGGAGGGGGAGACCUGUCUGCACCCUGAUAAACGAUUUGAAAUGGUAAAGCUGGCCGCCUGGAACAAAGAAAAACCGGGCAGUUGGUACAGCCAGUACAGAAAGGGCAAACAGUUCUCCUAUAUUGACACUGAUGGAAAUCCAGUGCCUGUGGUCCAGCUGACCUUCCUGAAGCUCCUCAGUGCCACAGCUACGCAGACCUUCACCUAUAGCUGCCAGAACUCCGUCGGCUGGUACGACGUGGCGAGCCACAGCCAUCAACAUGCCGUACGGUUCCGCGGCAGCAACGACGAGGAAAUGACGCAAGCCAAAUCGCCCUUUAUCACAUCACUGCAUGAUGGUUGUCAGACACGUAAGGGCCAAGAGAGAACCGUGCUGCAGAUUGACUCGUCGCGAUCAGAGCUUCUUCCAGUCAUAGAUGUAGCAGUAUCAGACUUUGGGAAUAACAACCAGAAGUUUGGCUUCCAUGUUGGACCAGUGUGUUUUAAUGGAUAACACAGAGUGCCUCAUCACAGGACUCGCCAGCUAAAGAAACGAGGCCACCAGUGAUAUUUAUUAAGUAAUAUGUAGACGGUGGGUUUGUGGCAUGUUUCCAAAUGACUUUUAAACAUCUGAUGAGUUGCAAAAGCCCACAAAUCCAUGGUGGCUAUGCAAGGAUGCCAACCAGGACAAACUAAGCACAUUUAUCAAAGGGAAGUCUUUUUUAUCUCCUUUUCUGUCUGUCUUUAUACUGUACUCACCUGUGGAUUAAAUUAUGAGGCGUGACCCACUAGAGUUCCCAGAACUGCUCCAGCUGAAAAACAAAUACAUCGUUUGUCUGUCACCUGCGCCACAGACCGUUUUAGCCCACAGCAUAUAUGUUGAAUUUACAGCCUGUGACUGGGAUCUCAUAUUUGUUUGUCUCAUUUGAUAGCAAUGAUUUGAAAUUAAUUUGCCACUUGAGGGAUCAGCUUCGACAUUGAAGAGUAAAUAUUUCUGAGACCCACUUUCCUGCCUUGACUGCAAUAUGAUGCCAACUGAGGCAAUGUUAUACCUCUUUACUUGUUUGACAAGAAAAUAUCUGUUUGUAAUUCCUCGCUUGGAUAUUCCCUGUCGCAUCAAACUUGCAGUGUUACUCAUCUUUAAUCAGUGCACGCUCAUACAUAAACAAUGCUAAAUAAGGCCCGAGCUUUUCAAAACGCAAAGCAGUUUAUGUGCAUGACUCAAAUGGAGCCCAGCUGCUUAUUAAUAUGUAAAGUAGUCCGCUCACUUAAGCUGCUUGUCUUGUUAGCGGGCAGCCUAGUAUGUUUGCCUGUCAGUGAUCCAUGUUUCCAUGGCGCUAGCGUAUCAACCUUUGCUCCACACAGCUGAAUUGCUUCAUAUAUGUGUGGUAAUGAAUGAAAAAUACUGUCGGAUUGAGAGAGGGGUGUCAUACGAGCAUUACACUGAAGACUGACUAAAUUAUGCUUCUUUUUAAUGUAAACUCAUUCAUAUCUGAAUUUGUGAUUACCAAGUUCCUGAUCAUCAACCUCAUAGGAUUGUGUGCUGUGUAUGUGUGUUGAUAUGUCUUGUUUGUUGUGUGUUCCCACUGUGGUGCUAAAGCGAUUUGUUUUUUUUGCUAUGUGUAAUGAUAAUUUGUUGUCUCAGGGGCAGAGGUAGGAAAAGGGAAGACAUUUGUGGUGCUUAAUACUAAUGGAGGGAGAUAAACACUCUCAGAAAACAAAGUGCUGUAAUAUACAGCCAAUAUGGUGCAAAAUAUAUUUGUAAAGAGCAGGCUUGCCGAUGAUGUAAUGCUGAUAUCUAUAUAAUAUAUUGGCAAAUUAUACAGACGUACACAAAAUUGCUAAGAGUAAAUGCAUUUUAUACAAUGUUUACUCAAAAC